UCCACACUUGUCCUCCUCUACAAUCCUGCUCUUCUGGGCCCAUUUCCAAGUAAUUACUAAAUUAAUCAACAUUAAUCGUAAUUAGGAAAUCGUACUAAAUCCAGAAUAUACACACACAAUACACACACGCAGACACGCACUCACACACUGUAACAAGCAAAAUUCUUCCAGUUUUUACUAGUCCUUGCUACUCCAUUAGCUAACAGAAAACUGAAAGCAGACCGCGAAGCUUUCAAUCAAUCGAUCAUCAUCUUAUCUCAGCAUUCUUUAUCUCUUCUACAUAUCCGAAACUUCUGCAGAUCUUCCUUAUCGACGGGGACUCGUCUUUCUGUUGCCUUGACUAUAUGCAAAAGGGGAGCAAGUUUUUUUCAUAAUGGCUUCAAGAGCAAUACUAUGGAGGAAAAAAUACUUCUUUGAUUCCCUCAACUGGCCCAAAUACUUGCUUCAUUGUUGUUCAAGCUUUGAGCAUGGGAGUUCAUCAAUGAUUCCUGAUUCAUGGAAUCAGAGCAGGGGAGUUAGAUAUGCAUCCUCCACUUGUGAUCAAACAAAUGAAACAGAACCAAAUUUAACCAAAGAUGAGUUGUUGACUAAUGUGGCAAGUGGAUAUCUUAGGCAUAACUCUUGCAUGAUACCGAAUUUGGGUAGUAGGAAUGGCAUUGGAGGGUCUUCUUUAGGAGUUAAGUGGAUAACCGAAUAUACCCGCCAGUAUUCCACAGCUGCAGCAGGGCAACCUGAUCUGGGUCAAGAUGAUAAUAAAAAUGAAGAGUCAACUGUCAAACAGAAGAAGGAAGCUUCCCCAGAAGAAUGUGAUCAGGCAGUUGAGGGUUUGAGCACUGUUAAAGCCAAAGCAAAAGCUAAGCAGCUUCAGGAUACCCAGAAGGAUGCCAAACCUAUGAUAAAGAGAAUUUGGGCAAUGCUUUUAGGAAUUGGUCCUGCUUUGAAAGCUGUAGCUUCUAUGAGCAGGGAGGACUGGGCUAAGAAGCUUCGGCAUUGGAAAGAUGAAUUCAAGACUACAAUGCAACAUUAUUGGCUGGGUACGAAACUACUCUGGGCUGAUGUGAGGAUAAGCUCUAAGUUGCUGUACAAACUUGCUAGUGGGAAGGGUCUUUCUAGGAGAGAGAGACAGCAACUAACGCGGACAACAGCCGACAUUUUCAGGCUGGUUCCUUUUGCAGUUUUUAUUAUAGUUCCAUUCAUGGAGUUAUUGCUGCCAGUAUUCCUGAAAUUGUUUCCCAACAUGUUGCCAUCAACUUUCCAGGACAAGAUGAAAGAACAGGAGGCUCUGAAAAGGAAGUUAAACGCCAGGAUAGAAUAUGCAAAGUUUCUUCAAGAGACUGUGAAAGAAAUGGCAAAUGAAGUAAAAGACCUACGAAGUGGAGAAAUAAAGAAAACAGCUGAAGAUCUUGAUGAAUUUUUAGAUAAGGUUAGAAGGGGUAACACUGUUUCAAAUGAUGAAAUUUUAGCCUUUGCUAAAUUGUUCAAUGAUGAGCUUACUCUGGAUAACAUAAGCAGACCUCGGUUGGUGAACAUGUGCAAAUACAUGGGUAUCAAACCUUUUGGUACAGAUGCAUAUCUCCGUCACAUGCUCCGCAUGAGACUGCAAAAGAUUAAGGAGGAUGAUAAGAUGAUUAAAGCUGAGGGUGUGGAGUCUCUCUCUGAGGAAGAACUCCGCCAAGCAUGUCGAGAUCGGGGGAUGCUCGGAUUGGUCUCAGCAGAUGAAUUGCGUCAAUCGCUACGGGAUUGGCUGGACUUAUCUCUCAAUCAUUCUGUUCCAUCUUCAUUGUUAAUUCUUUCUAGAGCCUUUUUGGUGGCCGGCAAAGUGAAGCCAGAGGAAGCUGUUCAAGCAACGCUCUCAUCUUUGCCAGAUGAGCUGGUGGAUACUGUUCAAGUUACAUCUUUGCCCUCUGAAGAUUCUGCUGCAGAAAGGAGGAGAAAACUGGAGUUCCUGGAAAUGCAAGAAGAACUAAUCAAGGAGGAAGAGCAGAAAGAGGAAAAAGAGCAUGCGAGGAUUAAGGAGUCGAUUGAAAAGCAGAAGGAUGUGGCUUUGGAAGAGAUGACGUCUCCAACAAUGAAAGAAGCUCAACAGAUGAAAGCAGCGAUUUUGGAUAAACAAGAGCAGCUUUGUGAAAUCAGUAAAGCAUUGGCUGUUUUAGCAUCAGCUUCUUCCGUGAGCAAGGAACGUGAAGAAUUCCUGAGACUUGUUAACAAGGAGAUAGAGUUGUAUAAUAGCAUGGUGGAGAAAGAAGGUACAGAUGGUGCAGAAGAAGCAAAGAAGGCAUACAGAGCAGCUAGGGAAGACAGCAACCAAGCUGUAGAGAGGGCUUUAGGUGACAAAGUUUAUUCAGCACUCAGAGACAGGGUUGAUACUAUGCUUCAAAAGCUUGAAAAAGAAAUUGAUGUUGUGGAUGCCACAAUCGGUGAUCGUUGGCGUUUGCUCGAUAGGGACUAUGAUGGCAAAGUCACACCCGAGGAAGUAGCAUCUGCUGCCAUGUACCUUAAGGACACCUUCGGUAAAGAGGGUAUUGAAGAACUUAUAAAUAAACUUUCCAAAGACAAAGAAGGAAAAAUCCUUGUGGAAGAUAUUGUCAAGCUAGGCAGUCAAACUGAAGAAAGUGAAACAACUGAAGCUGGCAAAACAUGACAAAAACUCACAGAAGCAAUGUCAUGACUUCAACAUUUUUCUGGUUACCAGGUACAUUUACGGAAAGCUACAAAAGCUCUCGAUUCUACGUACUGUCAUGGUGACCGCUUGAAGUAUCAAUGGGUUGGAGACAUUUAUUACUGUUUGACAUUUAUUGCAAUAUAGAGAGUAAAAUGAUGCAUAUGGCAUUCCUGAACUCAAUCCGCGACUGCGGAUUUGGAGUUGUAAAUUUUUUGUGGAUGAUACGGACACAUCAAUCUCGUAUAAAAUUUAGAUAAAAUGCAUUCAGAA